AUGUUUGCAGUGGUCACAAUAGAGCCAGAUGUAGAAAGGAAAAUCCUGACAAAGCAUGUUUCUAAAGGAAUCAUAAAAAAGAAUUUUUAUAUUGAUUUACAACAAAAAAAGAAAAUAAAUAGUCGAAUCCUAAAAUCAAGUGAAAUUGAAAAAUUCAAUCGAACUGAGAACGAUAAAUUCGAUAUGAUUCGUAAAAACAUCCCAAAAUCAGAAUUUAUGAAGCAAAGAUUCUCAUUAAGGAAUGAUAUGAAUUUGACAACUGAAAAAGUAAAAAAAAGCUGCAAUUUUAUAUUGAUGAAUGAUACAAUUUCAAUGAAAAAGCAAGAAAUAAGCUUAGAUAUCCACAGGGUUGGAGUCAAGAAAUGAACUUUUCCAAAAAACGCGUUUAUAAAGAAAAGAAACGAAGAAAUAAAGAAUGUUUCUGGGCUGAAAAUAGAAGCUAUAUAGUCCAGGAGCGAUUUUUGAUCACCCUGGGCUAAGAUAGGGCUCAGAAACUCCCUAAGUUGGUUUUGCAACCUAAGUUGACAAACCAACUCGGGGAGUUGACAAAUGCCUCUUAUAAAGUUUUUUUUUCCCCGAGUUGGUUUGUCAACUUGAGUUGCAAAACAACUCGGGGAGUUUCUGAGCCUUAUCCUAGCCCAGGGUGAUCAAAAAUCGCUCCUGGGCUAUAUCCUAUAGCUAUGAGGAGAAUUUAAGGCCAGCAACCGCUGUCAAAAGAAGUGAAAGUGUCAAAAAAAAAAUCUAAAUUUAAGCACAAUAUAUAGGCCAAAUAAUAUUAUUUAUAAUAAAAAAACAGUUCUAUUUCCAAUGUUUCUAAAUCACCACCAAAAAUAAAAACCCGAAAGCCAUCAUUGGCUUCUCCUGGACUGCUUAUGACUCAAAGAGUCCAAAGUCCAACAAAACCUCAGUAUAAUAUUGAGUAUAGACGAAAUCAUACUACAGAUCUCAGUGGCCAAGAUAUUUGUGGGUGGGAUCUUGACUAUUCAGACUUAAUCUAA